GACGCGCCCCGGGUUUGUUGACAGCGGAGGCGGCGGCGGCUGCAGGCUCCGAGCCUCUGGAGCCGGAUCGGGGGAGGGGCCGGGCCCCGGAGCCAGCACCCGGCGGCCCUCGGCCCCGCCCGCAGCCCUAAGGGCAAGGCUGUGGUUCUGCCAAUGAUCCUGUGAGUGCCGGGGAGUCACCGCUGCCCCUAGGGGCUCCUGUCGUGGAGUGCCCCCCCCGCCUGUCCCCAGCAUGGCGUCCGACACCCCCGAGUCCCUGAUGGCCCUCUGCACCGACUUCUGCUUGCGCAACCUGGAUGGCACCUUGGGCUACCUGCUGGACAAGGAGACUCUGCGGCUACAUCCGGACAUCUUCCUACCCAGCGAGAUCUGCGACCGGCUCGUCAAUGAGUAUGUGGAGCUGGUCAACGCCGCCUGCAACUUUGAGCCGCACGAGAGCUUCUUCAGCCUUUUCUCCGACCCCCGCAGCACCCGCCUCACCCGGAUCCACCUCCGUGAGGACCUGGUACAGGACCAGGACCUGGAGGCCAUCCGCAAGCAGGACCUGGUGGAGCUGUACCUGACCAACUGCGAGAAGCUGUCCGCCAAGAGCCUGCAGACGCUGAGGAGCUUCAGCCACACCCUCGUAUCCCUGAGCCUCUUCGGCUGUGCAAACAUUUUCUAUGAGGAGGAGAACCCAGGGGGCUGUGAAGACGAGUGCCUCGUCAAUCCCACCUGCCAGGUGCUGGUCAAGGACUUCACCUUCGAGGGCUUCAGCCGCCUACGCUUCCUCAACUUGGGCCGCAUGAUCGACGGGGUCCCUGUGGAGUCCCUGCUACGGCCUCUCAGCUCACUGGCCGCCUUGGACCUCUCGGGCAUCCAGACGAGCGACGCGGCCUUCCUAACCCAGUGGAAAGACAGCCUGGUGUCCCUUGUGCUCUACAACAUGGACCUGUCAGAUGACCACAUCCGGGUCAUCGUCCAGCUGCACAAGCUGCGACACCUGGACAUCUCCCGAGACCGCCUCUCCAGCUACUACAAGUUCAAGCUGACUCGCAAGGUGCUGAGCCUCUUUGUGCAAAAGCUGGGGAACCUGAUGUCUCUGGACAUCUCUGGCCACAUGAUCCUGGAGAACUGCAGCAUCUCCAAGAUGGACGAGGAGGCAGGGCAGACUAGCAUUGAGCCUUCCAAGAGCAGCAUCAUGCCUUUCCGGGCCCUGAAGAGGCCACUGCAGUUCCUUGGGCUCUUCGAGACCUCCCUGUGCCGCCUCACACACAUUCCCGCCUACAAAGUAAGUGGUGACAAAAAUGAGGAGCAGGUGCUGAAUGCCAUCGAGGCCUACACGGAGCACAGGCCUGAGAUCACCUCACGGGCCAUCAACCUGCUUUUUGACAUCGCACGCAUCGAGCGCUGCAACCAGCUUCUGCGGGCCCUGAAGCUGGUCAUCACGGCCCUCAAGUGCCACAAAUAUGACAAGAACAUUCAAGUCACAGGCAGCGCUGCCCUCUUCUACCUGACCAAUUCUGAGUACCGCUCUGAGCAGAGCAUCAAGCUGCGCCGACAGGUCAUCCAGGUGGUGCUGAACGGCAUGGAGUCCUACCAGGAGGUGACGGUCCAGCGGAACUGCUGCUUGACUCUCUGUAACUUCAGCAUCCCCGAGGAGCUAGAAUUCCAGUACCGCCGGGUCAACGAGCUCCUGCUCAGUAUCCUCAACCCCACGCGGCAGGACGAGUCCAUCCAGCGUAUCGCCGUGCACCUGUGCAACGCCCUGGUCUGCCAGGUGGACAACGACCACAAGGAGGCCGUGGGCAAGAUGGGCUUUGUUGUGACCAUGCUGAAGCUGAUUCAGAAGAAACUGCUAGACAAGAUAUGUGACCAGGUGAUGGAGUUCUCCUGGAGUGCCCUGUGGAACAUCACGGACGAGACGCCGGACAACUGCGAGAUGUUCCUCAACUUCAAUGGCAUGAAGCUCUUCCUGGACUGCCUGAAGGAAUUCCCAGAGAAGCAGGAACUGCAUCGGAAUAUGCUAGGACUCUUGGGGAAUGUGGCAGAGGUGAAGGAGCUGCGGCCCCAACUAAUGACUUCCCAAUUUAUCAGUGUCUUCAGCAACCUGCUGGAGAGCAAAGCUGACGGAAUUGAGGUUUCGUACAAUGCCUGCGGUGUCCUCUCCCACAUCAUGUUCGACGGGCCUGAGGCGUGGGGCAUCUGUGAACCCCAGCGGGAGGAGGUGGAGGAACGCAUGUGGGCAGCCAUCCAGAGCUGGGACAUCAACUCACGGAGAAAUAUCAAUUACAGGUCGUUUGAGCCAAUUCUUCGUCUCCUUCCCCAGGGCAUCUCCCCUGUCAGCCAGCACUGGGCCACCUGGGCCCUGUACAACCUUGUGUCUGUCUACCCGGACAAGUACUGCCCCCUGCUGAUCAAAGAAGGGGGGCUGCCCCUUCUGAAGGACAUGAUCAAGAUGGCCACCGCUCGGCAGGAGACCAAGGAAAUGGCCCGCAAGGUGAUUGAGCACUGCAGUAACUUUAAAGAGGAGAACAUGGACACGUCCAGAUAGAGGCCUCCGUCCCCACGGCCGCCACUGCUCUGGACCACGAGGCCAGGAGGAAGUUCUCAAGCAGCCCAGCGGGCAGACCCCCACCGGGGAGCCUUCCGCUGGAUGAAGGGACACAGGGGGACUUUUGCACAACCGAUGCUUUUCCUUAACAUUAGUGAGAUAUAUAUAUAUUAUAUAUAUAUUAUAUAUAUAUAUUAUUUUUUUUGGUUAGGAAGUGUGAAGUUUUGUGUGUAUGAUUUCUGUACAAAAACAAAAGAAACACUCCUUGAGUCCUCGCAGCUUCCUUGGCCAUUCUCAAGCCCCAACUCCAAGCCUUCAUCGCUGCCACUCACUCCUGCCCCCCCACCCCCGACUAAAUGCCUCUAACGUUGUGAGAGUCCAGUCCUUUCCCAGUGACCUCAGACCCUGGCCUCACUUCCCAUUAGGAGAGGCAGCAGGCUUUUAACAGCCCACUCCAGCACCCCAACCCACCCCCCAAAGCCUGAGAACCCCCUCUGGGCUCCUGGGUGUGGCUGAUGGCGUUCGGGAUGAAAACUAGCCCCACUGGGUCUCCCAAAUGCCUUGGUGCUCCCGGCCGUGGGCCAUCUGGGGCGAGGAAGUGAGUGCUCAGGCCCAGGCAGCCCCGGCCCCAGAGGACCCUCAGGAGUGGGGCUCACAGCGGCCCCGCUGUUCUCUGCCCGGGCCUGCCUGAGGCCACGCUGCUACGGAGGCUUCCUCCUGGUCUCCCACCAGGUCCCAGGCUACUGAAGGCCCCAGCCCAGGGCUGGUCAGAACUCCGGCAGAUUCCACUGCCUCUUCUGCCAAACAGAUUCAGCACCUGCCCCAGCCCUGGAAGCCAGCACCUCUGGGACCGGGGCUUGCCCCUCACUCCCCAGCCCUUCGCCUGCCCGCAGUACCCAUGGUGCCCAGGCACCCCACCAGCAGAACUGAGCCGGCCUCAUUCGCCUCCCCCACCCGACCUGCCCAGCUGCCUGGAGGACCCCACCUGUCUCUCUGUGAGGCAGGAGGUCCCCACUCCAGCCGGACCCGCAGCAACAGCUAACUGCCUCCAGACCAGCACUGGGCACAGCCUGCAGUGGCCCCGCGUGGCCCUUCCGAGCCUCUCCUCCCUGUCCCCAGGCUUUACCUUGGGAACCUCUGUGCCGUGUUUCAGAGAAGUGUGAGCCGCAAAUGUAUCUCGAAAUAUCUUGUGGUCCUCCCUUGAUGUAACUCCGAAUUGCUUCUCGUGAGACAGGCAGUGGUAAGGAUGCCCUUCCAGAACAAGGCGCUGAGGGAGCAGGGCCGACUCUGCAGGCUUCCCUUUGGGGAUGACCUUUCUUCCUUCCUCCUUCCCUGGGCCUGUUUUUGGAUUCUUCUAGCAUUUCUGCCUCCAGGCAGGACAGGCUGGAUGAGCAGCCCCCGGGAGAGGCACCGGCCUCCCCUGAAGUCUGUCCCUGCCAGCCCUGGGAAGGGGCCGGCUGCCCCGCACUCCCCCAGCUCGGCAAACAGGCCACAUCUGCCCCUCCCUCCAUGCUCACAUGGCCUGAGCCAGACCCUGGGCAGAGCUCCCAUUGCAUUGCUUUACCACCUGGGGCCUGAGUAAAUGUCUGUACUUUGGGAUGUCACAGAAAUACAUUUUUGUGCAAAGUG